GUAUUUAAUCAGGGUUUAAACAGUAAAACUGUGUGUAUGAAAAUUGUGCGUGUGUAUAUAUAGAUAUAUCGUAGCGGUCUGCAUGUCCUCUAACGAUUCUCUGAAUCAAUUCCGAUUCUCAAGUGUAAAUAUAUACAUUUAAAAUGUAACCUGCAGUUUCCUGUUGUGGUAUUAUUUGUUUUGCUUCUACAUAAUUACGAGAAUGAGAAUGAAGUCGGCUCUAAUUUGUGAAAAAUAACUCAAAAUUAAUAAUAAUAAUAAUUUAAUGGCGCUGACGGAUAAACGAAUCGACUCCUUUUGAACGACUCGUUUAUGCGAACCGAUCAGGCGAUUCGCUUCUCAAGCAGGAAGAAAUCUCAAAUUGGCAAUUAUGCUACUUGUUAUUAUUAUUUUUUUAAUUAUUUGAAUAAUUUCAUUGAUAUUUACCAUUUUGUUCCGUCAAUUUUUUUUUUGCCUUAGGCUUACUUUCUAAUAGACAAGAAAUGUUACUGACACUGAGGAAGUUGUUUAAACAAACAGGCCGUUAUUGUGUUAUUGUGGUUUAUUUCAUGGUCUGGUUUAUUUCAUGGUACACUGGAAACAUUCAAGAUGUUUACAUACCGCUUUAGAACGGAGUUUUAGAAGUAGUAUGUCAUUUUGAACAUUUUUCUUGACGUCUGCUUUGAGAGGUGAAUCAGAUGAAUCAAGUAGCAGAGUUUGAUUCACCUAACGAGUCAAAUGUGCCGAGUGAGCCGUAACUCAAACCGCCGACGAGAGUUAUAGUAUGCAUGUACAGAUGGUGGCAUAUGUGAGGACCAGAAAUAUCGACCACGUUUUUGCUGUGGCUGCAAGUACAAGGUGAAUGAAUAUGAACAUCAGAUGUUACGCUAAUUUAAUUAAACUCUGGACAGCCCAACCAAGGUCUCGCAUGACUGAGAUUUAGGUUUUGUGGUCGAUUUUUUUUUUUCCCUUUAUUCCCAACAUCUUUCUUGUUCCAGGUGCUUUGGAGAGAGACGAGCCAUCUGUGAUGAGCACGAGGAGUUCAGAUUUGUUUUAGAAGACCAGAAGAAGCUGAAGGAACCUCUGAUUCUUCUACAACUCCGGUCUGUGAAGGUUCUGCAGCAUUUUUAUUUCAUUCUCUCAAGAAAGCAUUCCUCAUCUCAGUGAGCGGAAAUAUGGGGGCUGCCGGUUACGGCUAUUACCGCACGGUCAUUUUCACCUCGAUGUUUUUGGGUUACCUGCUGUACUACUUCAACCGGAAAACGUUCUCCUUUUUGAUGCCGUCGGUUAUGGAGGAGAUCGAGCUAGAUAAGGAAGAACUCGGUCUGAUCACGAGCAGUCAGACUCUGGCAUACGCCAUCAGUAAGUUCAUCAGCGGAGUGUUGUCGGAUCAGAUCAGCGCCCGCUGGCUCUUCUCCUCCGGCCUCCUCAUCGUCGGGGCCAUCAACGUGCUCUUCUCUCAGUCCUCCAGCCUCACGGCGUUCACCUUCCUCUGGUUUUUGAACGGCCUCGGCCAGGGAUUCGGCUGGCCGCCGUGCGGCAAAGUGUUGCGCAAGUGGUUCGAGCCGUCCCAGUUUGGCACGUGGUGGGCCGUUCUGUGCUGCAGCAUGAACCUGGCUGGGAGUUUGGGUCCCAUCAUCACCACGCUGCUGUCUCUGUACUACAGCUGGAGGAGCAUCAUCUGCGUCUCCGGUGUGAUCUGCAUGGCCUUUGCUUUCGUCUGCCUGCUGCUGGUGAAGAACGAGCCCAGAGAUGUGGGUCUGCCCAGCAUCCAGGUUGGCACCAAGAAGGGCAAAGGCAAAAAAGGAACCCCGAACGAUGAGAGCACGUUGAAAGAGUUCCUGUUGUCUCCAUACCUGUGGGUUUUGUCCUUCGGUUACCUGGUGGUGUUCGGGGUGAAGAUCGCGUGCACCGACUGGGGGCAGCUGUUUCUCAUGCAGGAGAAAGGCCAGUCGGUCAUGAUGGGCAGUUCGUACAUGAGUGCCCUGGAGGUCGGAGGUUUCGCUGGUAGCAUCGCAGCAGGCUUCAUCUCUGACAGAGCCGUUGCCCGGCAAGGACUGGGGACACAUGGCAACCCUCGUCAUACACUCCUCUUAACCAUGAUGGCGGGCAUGGCCGUGUCCAUGUAUCUCUUCCGAGUCACCAUCACUCCGGAUGUCCAAGAAGAAGCUCCACUCUGGGUUAUCGUUCUCCAUCCAGUCUCUGUCCUCACUGGGCUGUCUGAGAAAGAGCUGUGGAUAUUGACUCUCGGUGCUGCGUUUGGAUUCUCGUCGUACGGCCCGAUCGCGCUGUUCGGGGUGAUCGCUAGCGAGAGCGCUCCAUCGAACUUCUGCGGGACGUCACAUGCCAUCGUAGCGCUUAUGGCGAACGUCGGUGCGUUUCUUGCCGGCCUGCCGUUCAGCACCAUCGCCAAGCGCUACAGCUGGGACACGGCCUUCUGGGUAGCGGAGGUGACCUGCGCCCUGACCACUGUUUGGUUCUUCGUGCUGCGCAACAUGCGCACGAAAAUGGGACGAGUGGACGAAAAGAAUGACUGAACAACACACACCGAACACAACACACUACUCAAACCCCGCCAAUGUGAACCUUGCUACAGCAGCAACCGACUAUCAUCUCUGCUCAGAAAGAACACUCUUCGUUAAAUGUAUUUGUAGUGUUAGUUAUAAGCUCAUCUGAGUGCGGAUGUCACGGCUGAAGUUCCACACUUGCACCUGGAACGUUGUGGGAUGACAGCCAGAGAGCCACGUUUGAGACGUGUGAUCCUGAGUGGCUCAGCUUUGUUGUAUGUGUAUUGGAUUUUGCUGCUCUUUGGAUGAAAGAGUGUUCUGAAUAAAUAACCAUACACUGAAGUACUUUA